GGACGUUCCGUGGAUUGAUACAUAUCUCCCGAAGAUGGUCAAUCCCGCUCGCACAUGGCACUGUCCACUGCAACUCGCUGGUCAGCAUCCAUGCAGCUUAUAAGGCUCUUGUCGCCGAAGCAUUUCACUAGAAUGAUUGCCGGGAAAACAUUUCGCGACACAUAGCUUGUGACCUUAAGGCUUUCCGUAACAGGUUAUCAUUCCAUUCACAAAUGCAACUGAGCAAGGAGGUGAAUCCAAGAUCACCUCCUUGCUCCAAGACCUUAUAUGACAGGGGAACGCAAGGCUAUAUUUCGCAAUAUCUUCCCAGCAUCACGUCAGGACAAGAAUAAAGUGCUCCAAUACACGAUAUGCGUCACAUGUGUCCUCGGCUUUCUGGAUCAAGCCGUCCUCCCAAUAUAUCCCCAGCCAUGCCCAGCCCUCGCAUGAACGAGCGCCAUUGUUCACCGCUUGUUGACCCGCAGCAUGGGCCAAUAUUGUGCCACCUCUCGAAGGUCUUUCUUCGUGUUGCAAACUUCUUGCUGCCGGACGGAAUCAAUCUGUCAGUGCAGGAAACUAUACAUUGCCUUUCUCAAUUGACAUUUCUGCACACGAAGUCGAAGCGCAGCGAGAAGGAGGCUGAAGAAUCCGCAUCGGCCCAUGAUCCAUAUUACCGCGUGGAGAGCAAGUACAUUGUCCAAGCGUGACAACGGGCUCCCACAUGAAAUCGAGACGAAGCCCAAACCCAGUCUGAAGCCUUACCGUUUAGAUUAAAGAUAGACACCACACAUUUUGCGAAGACUCCUUCAAGUUGGUGGCAUGGCAUGAGCGACAGCAAGGUUCGUACGAUACAUUUCGUGCAAUUUGGCUGGGCUCGGUAGGCUCAGCAGCGG